GAUGACAUCACAGACCUUGGAAUGUUGGUGGUUCCAGUUGUCCCCAGAGCCAAGAUGCAGAGGUAUAUGGCUCUCCUCUCCCUCCUGAACAUCCUGGUGUUCUAAACAGAGGGAUUUUGGUGGCCACAACAAGCAUUGCUGAAGCUGCAGAAGGUGGCACACUGCUUGUCAGUGUCAACAGCCUGCAUGGCCUGCACUCCAGGAGGACAAUUUGGAUUCUCCUGCCUACUGCAGCUGAGAGCAUCCUGAAAAAUGUCGCAGCCAUUUCGCGUCUUUGGGCUAAUGAUGAUGGUCUACCCAGAAUCUCAAGACUUGCAAGGUGAUGACGACAAUGAUAGUGAUGAUGAUAACAGUGAAGGAUCAGGAAACUGCCAAUCUGACCUUCCUUCACCCUUGUGCAAGAGCAGUCACAGCACAGAUGAAAAUCAGACAGAGGAUCUGGGAGAACCCACAUUUUUCCUAAAUCCUGGGCACUCUUAUAUAGUGAAAGAUAAACAGCUGUUGUUGGCCAAGCAUGCACUGGAGCUUGAGGAGGAAGAUCAGGAGUUUCAGGAACCAUUUUACAAAGACAUGGGAAUGUCUGAUAGCUUGGCUGGAGAUGAGGAGCCCACCCCAACCUACCACCUUCCUGGGCAUCAGAGGUUGCCGGCUCUCCAAAAGGCCGGUACAGCAACAAGUGGUUUCCAUGCUUCUUUCCAGCACAGUUCAGGCCAGCACGUGGGGACAGAGGCCGCUGCCACACAGGCCCAUGCCAGUGACCAUUAUGUGGGACACCCAGAGAGCACCACGGGAGUGGAGCCCCACGUGCUGUGCGAGGAGGAUGGCAAGGACAGCAAGGACAGCGAGGACAGCGAGGACAGCGAGGACAGCGAGGACAGAGAGGACAGAGAGGACAGAGAGUCCCCGUCCCUGCAGCCAACCUACGACUCGCUGUGGCAGGAGAACAGCAUCCUCAGGUCGGAGAAUGAAAUGCUCAGGAAUGCACAUGUCAUGCUCGCAUCGGAGAACUUUACACUCAAGCAGGCAUUCAAAGAGCUCAAGAAGGACAGGGCUGUGUUCAUGAGGGAUGACGACGUGCUCAGGGAGGAAUAUGGCGUGCUCAGGGAACAGUAUAACAGGCUCGAGAGUGAGAAUGCUGCACUCAGGAAGGAAAAUGCCACGAUCAGGAGAAUGUUUGACACCUUCCAGAACAACUUGAAGAGACAGGCGUGCGUGGUGGUGAGCCUGCAGGAUCAGCUGAAGACCAGCCAGGCUGAACGAGAGAGGGAAGCCCAAGAGCUCCAGUCCUUAGUGAAGGAGACUGAGUGUCAUCUUCAGCUAACAACCCAGCGGGCUCUGAAUGCCGAAACAAAUGUGGAGAGGCUGAAGCAGAAGAUCUUUAUUCUCCAAGGACAGCUGGAGAGAUGCAAGCUGGAGAAUGAAAACCUGAGACAGACUGGCCUGGAAGCAGUGAAGCACAACUUAGACUUCACCAGGCAAAACCCCCACGAGCUCAUAAUGGGCAAAGAUGCCUCCCUCAGGCAGUUCUUGCCUCAGAAAUGCUGCCUGUUGUUACUGAGGUCCUUGAAUCCACGAGAAAAAUUCUCAAAUUUUAAGCAGAGAAAGAUUUGUGAGUGCAGUUCUGUGUGAGUUCCAUGGAUCCGUGCACGGCCCAAGGCCAUCGUUCUCCCACUUGUAACCAUUUACUGCAAAUAAAAGCAUUUACUUUCCCAUUCUCAAA